AUGCCUUCUUCUUAUAAAGAUAUAAGAAAAUCCUCCUCAACAGACAAACGGGGAAAUAAACACUCACGGAACAGGAAGUCGCAUGAAAAGCGAAAAAAUGAUAUAAAGGAAUUGGAACUGAGGAGUGCAAAAGAAAAAGAGAAGGAGGACGGUGAGGUUUCUAGUGAGGACGACUUGCCCGUUUGUCGUUUCUAUUCAACUAACAAGUGCACGUGGGGCAACAACUGUCGAUUCAGGCAUCCCCGUUCUAAAGUCAUGGGCAAUUAUGUGAUGUUCGAGCAAUUGAAGCUGCCACAGUCAUCAGAUUUGCAGGGUAUCUAUGGUAAACACAGUCACAACGAGACAGCUGCGAUUCCAAUAGGAUAUCCGGAGGACUUGGAUAGCUCCUUUAAUCACAGUCUACGAGAUCUCAAGCAGAUGAUGCAGGCUGCGGGCUAUAAAGUUGGUCAGAAUAAAACUCGAUAUGUCCGGCACAAGCCUUGGGUCGAGUUCAAUGAUUUGGACACAGAUCCCUACUACACGAACCUUAUAGAGCUGCCAAAAUCAAACGCUGCCCGCUCGUACUUGCCAGAUUAUUAUAAUUUGCCGCGAGGCCAACCCUGGUUGAUGGAUCCAUCUAAGAAAGUAACACUUCGGCUCACCAGAUCCCCCAGCAGCAGCAGUAGCAGUAGCAGCAGCAGCACUUCCGAUUACACAUCCACAACGAGCUCAUCCUCGUCUUCAUCAUCUAGUUCCUCGUAUUCUGUGAAUCUUCGCAAGCGUAAACUCACUUUCAGGCAAAGAUUGAGUGCAAAGCGUCGAAGGGGAGGCGAUUAUGCCUCCUCCUAUAGCAGCGAUUCUGUCUCCUACGAGUCCAGCACACACUCCUCUGAACUGAGCUCAUCCUCAUCGGACUUCAAUAUCAAAUAUGAACCAAAUUCAGAUAGGAAAACAAACUUCAGAAAGAACUUCAAUAUUAAAUGUGAACCAAAUUCAGAUAGGAAAUCAAAUGUCAGAAAGGACUUUAAUAUAAAAUGUGAACCAAAUUCGGAUAAGAAAAUAAGUGUCAGAAAGGACUUCAAUAUCAAAUAUGAACCAUAUUCAGAUAAAAAAAUAAAUGUAAGAAAAGACUUCAAUAUCAAAUGUGAAGCAAAUUCAGAUCAGAAAACAUGUGUCAAAACUACCGAGCCCGAUUUACGUAGACGCAAAUACUUGGAGCGAAAACUAAAAUAUAUCGAGGCCAAGAUUUAUAUGAAGGAGAAGAAUCUCAAUCCUUUCUAA